AUGUCCGACUCCUAUGCCUCUUCCCGCGCUAGGGAUGAUCUCUCUCCUUCCCCCAAUGGCUACGCGAACGCCUCUAAUCCCUCUGUAGCCCAGUCCAACAACGCCGCCCUCUCCUCCGUCAUCCGCAAGAAGCUCAUGGGCUACGUCGGCUUCGCGAACCUCCCGAACCAGGUACACAGGAAGAGUGUCCGCAAGGGCUUCCAGUUCACCGUCAUGGUUGUCGGCGAAUCGGGCUUGGGCAAGUCCACCCUCGUUAACACCCUUUUCAACACCCCGCUCUAUCCUGCCAAGGAGGUCCUCCCCCCCUCUGCCGAAAGGGCUAGCACUGUCGCCAUUGAGAGCAUUGGCGCAGAUAUUGAGGAGAACGGCGUUCGUCUCCAUCUGAAUGUCGUCGAUACGCCAGGUUUCGGUGACUUUGUCAACAAUGAUGACAGCUGGCGACCUAUUGUUGAAAAUAUCGAGUCGCGUUUCGACUCGUACUUGGAGCAGGAGAACCGCGUCAACCGACAGAAGAUCAUGGACAACCGAGUCCAUGCUUGCCUUUACUUCAUCCAGCCCACCGGUCACUCGCUGAAGCAACUCGACAUCGAGUUCAUGCGUCGUCUCCAUACCAAAGUCAACUUGAUUCCCGUCAUUGCCAAGGCUGAUACCCUCACUGACGAGGAGAUUGCUGACUUCAAAGCCAGGAUUCUGGCGGAUAUUGCCCACAACAAGAUCCAUAUCUUCCAAGCUCCCACGUAUGAGAAUGAGGACGAAGAAGCCAUUGCGGAGGCUGAGGAGAUUGCCAGCAAGAUUCCUUUCGCUGUUGUCGGUUCCGAUCAGGUUGUUCGCACCGCUGACGGGCGUGAUGUUCGUGGCCGUUCGUACCCCUGGGGUGUUAUUGAAGUCGACAACGAAGAACACUGCGACUUUGUGAAGCUCAGGCAAAUGCUCAUUCGAACCUACAUGGAGGAACUGAGAGAGCACACGAACAAUGUUUUGUACGAGAAUUGGCGUACACAGAAACUCCUGAGCAUGGGCGUUGCGCAAGACUCGAGCGUCUUCCGUGAGAUCAACCCUGCCGCCAGGAUGCAGGAAGAGCGUAUUCUGCACGAGGCUAAGCUCUCCAAGAUGGAGGCCGAGAUGAAGAUGGUCUUCCAGCAGAAGGUGCAAGAGAAGGAGUCGAAACUCAAGCAGUCCGAGGAGGAGUUAUACGCUCGCCACAGAGAGAUGAAAGAGGCUCUCGAACGGCAAAAGGCGGAUCUCGAGGACAAGAAGCGUCGCAUUGAGAGUGGUCGGCCCCUGACGCCAGAGAAAGGAGCUGUGAGUAUCUCUCGUCUCUUGCUGGCUGUGAUCUCUGAUGGUAACUACUACUAG